AGGAGAGUCCCGCAUGCGCAGAGGCAGAGUUCGCGGAGCGGCGUUUCUCCGAGUACCUGGCUCGUUCCCCGCAGGCGUUGGGCUCCAGGAGCCCCGCCCCUGGGGAGCGGGCUGGGAGCAGCUGCUGGGCAUGCGCAGAUCGCUGCUGCUACCUGGCGCUGCGAGGCCGGGCUGGAGCCGCCCCCCGCUGCGGAGCUGCAGCCUCCAGGCUACAAAAUAACAUCCACGUUUCACUCCAGAUCAUCCCGUCCUCCCAGCGGGGAGGAAAUGGCUGCAAUGGAGCUGGCUCUGUUUAUUUGGAGAGUGUUGGGAUUCCUACCAAGGAGCCACCAGCAGGGUCCAGAGACAGCCCCAUCUCCUAUAUCAGGCUCUGGCUAAUAGAGACAAGGGAAUAAUUGUCACCUGUCCAUGGGAGGAUCUCCGCUUGGCUGAGUGAAGCAUACAUGGGCUCGUUAUGUUUCUGGGAGCAGGAAGAACUGGGCUCGCAGACGCAGGGAGCUCUACCGGAGCGAAGACAAAUGGACAGGGUUUCCAAUGUCCAAACCUGAUGUGAUCUCACAGCUGGAAUGAGGGGAACAGCCGUGGGUCUCAGACCUCUAUGGCUCUGAAAAAAGUGCUCCCGAGAGCUGACUGCACAGGGAGUGACCUAUGUCUGGAUUCUCUCCGUCUCCCAUCAGGUGACGGGAUGGUGAGUGAGAACGAGGAGACACCCCAGCAGGAAGAUGCUGAGCAAAUAGAACCACAUGAAAUAUUAUCAGGAAGAUCCAAAGGGAAUGAUUCCGGGAGUUGUGCACUCCCAGAAAAAGCCUGUGAGACUCAGCACAGGCCAGAAGAAAACUUCAGUAGCCACUCAGAUCUUAUUACACACGAGAGCAUCAACUUGGAAGAUACAUGCUACAUAUGCCAUGAGUGUGGGAAAAGCUUCAAUGGGAGCUCUGACCUUCUCACACAUCAGAGAAUCCACAGGGGAGAGAAACCCUACACGUGCUCUGAGUGUGGGAAAAGCUUCAAUCGGAGCUCACACCUUACCAGACAUAGGAGCAUCCACACAGGAGAGACGCCCUUCACAUGCGCUGAGUGCGGGAAAAGCUUCAAUCGGAGCUCAAGCUUUAUUAGACAUCAGAGAAUCCACACAGGAGAAAAACCCUACACGUGCUCUGAGUGUGGGACAUGCUUCAGUUAUAACUCAGUCCUCAUCUCACAUCGGAGAAUCCACACAGGAGAGACACCCUACAUGUGUUCUGUGUGUGGGAAAAGCUUCAAUCAGAGCUCAAGCCUUAUUAGACAUCAGAAAAUCCAUACGGGAUGGACACCCUACACAUGCUCUGAGUGCGGGAAAUGCUUCAGUUAUAGAUCAGCCCUUAGCACACAUCAGAGAAUUCACACAGGUGACAAACCCUAUGGAUGCUCUGAGUGUGGGAAACGCUUCAUGGAUAGUUCAGCCCUCAUCACACAUCAGAGAAUCCACACAGGAGAGAGACCCUAUAUGUGCUCUGAGUGUGGGAAAAGCUUCAAUCAGAGAUCACACCUUAUUAGACAUCAGACAAUCCACAUAGGAGAGACGCCCUACACAUGCGCUGAGUGUGGGAAAAAUUUUAAGCAGGGCUCUGCCCUGAUCACACAUCAGAGAACCCACACAGGGGAGGUGCCCUACAAAUGCUCUGAGUGUGGGAAACACUUCAGUUAUAGCUCAGCCCUCAUCUCACAUCAGAGAAUCCACAGUAGAGAGACGUCCUACACGUGCUCUGAGUGUGGGAAAAGCUUCAAUCAGAGUUCAAGCCUUAUUAGACAUCAGACAAUCCACGCAUGAGAGAACUGUAAUAAAUGCCUUGAUUCCGGCUGGCAAAAGAUUUUGUUUUUUUAAAAAAUCACAAUUGCGAAUUCCCACAUAGCGACCUUUGCACCAUCUGCACCGUGGUCUCUCAGCUCCCCUAGAUGAGUUGCCUGCUUCUGCCUUUUGCAGCUCCCCGUUCUUUGGGGUCAGUCCUGUGAUUUUUUUUCUAUCAACUCUUCCUUUUGAGUCAUGGGACUGUGUGUCCCUUCAGCCAGGAAUGUUCAUCAGCUCCAGGUGGGGGAGAGAGGUUUGAUCCCAACAAGCUACACUGAGGCAAAAACUACCUGGGCCUGACAUCGACUAGGACUGCAUAUGGUGUUGGCUGCUCAAGUUAGUGAUCUUGGUGUAAAAAGACAAUUAUAGUUGUAGUGCAGAUGUAGCCCAGGUGCGGUGAUUGGCAUUAGUUUUCCCCGUGACCUGACCUAAACUCCAUCACUUUUCCUAGUCUAAACAAACCCUGAGCAUCACGGUUAUACUGUCCUCCCAUUUCAAAGCAAUUGUUAGUCAUCAACAAAUUGUUUCGUUCCUAGUUGCUCUGAUGUUGCUUCAGGUUGUGCUGGAGAGCAGAUAUUUUUACUACCGCUUUUCUCACUUAAAAUAUAUUGAACUAUAACAAAGAGCAGGAACAGGGCAGGGAUAGGGAAAAAUGUCAUUUCACCCUCUGUAACAACAGAAGAAGGGGUAAGUCAGAGGGAUUCCCUUAUUCCCCAUCACCAUCCCAAUCCCCCUGUUGUUCAGUUGGUUAGGUCAAUAUUUUUUCUAAAGGGCUGGGAAGAGGAUUCCCUAGUAAAUGACUUGGAACUAGGCAAAAUACCCAUGCAUUGGGUUCCCAAAGCAGUUGUGGCCCAGGCCCUGCAGGAGGUCACUCCUGAAGUGAUCUCCUCCCUAAUCAGGUGUGUGUUGCCUGUUAUUUGGGAAAUGCAAUCCCUAUCUAGGUAGCGAUGGGGAAAAUGGAAGUGACGUUUCUGUUCAGUCACCCCUGGAGAUGCUGCAAAUACGUAGGAAAUGAAAUCCGUGUUGAAUGUGAUAUAGCUGCAGAAAGAUACCUAUUUCCAAUAGAUACCUGACAUUUGGUGUUUUACAGGGAUUCUAAGCCACUCCUGAAUUUAGUCCCUAAUUUGAAUCUGUGCCACCAGAUAAAGGAAAUAAAAGGGUAUAUUUGGGGGAGUUAUUCUUCACUUUCACUACUGAUAUACUGUGUGGUUGGUGAAGAAUUCUAUGACGGAGAAGUGUAAAAUUACUCCAAGAAAGGGCAAAGAUUGGACAAGAACUCAGGUAGAAACUGCAGGUACGAGUAGUUGAUUUUCACCCUAGAGAUGGAAGCUAUGGUGACCUGUGGCCCAGGUAAACUAUUUUUAGAACGCUGCUCCCUAGUUAAAUGGUAUUGAUCAUGGUCCUAAAGGAUGCCAUGAUUAAAUUGGGAACAACUGUUUUUUACCAUUUGGAUCCAAACUUUCAUGAAGCACAGAGAGAAACAGCUGAUUCCUUCAGAGCCAUUCCAUGAAUAUGGGUCCCAAUCUGACUGACUUGCUGGACAAGAAGCACUUCCAUGCUGGGCAAAUGAUGGUAGCCAAUGAGGGAAUGUAUCAGAUUCCAAGUUCAGACUGCAGGAUACAUGAAUGUUGAGUCCAGAGUCUGGUUUGGUCUCUUAGCUUUGCUAUUAAGUCAUGCAUUUAUAUCACUUCUCCACCUGCUGCUACUUUGAAAGAUUAGAAAGUGUGAAAAUAGAGCACAGGUGCUUUUUCUCAUAAUACAACUUUCCCACGAAGUAUGAGACCCCCUUCCAUCCACACGUAUGGGAGAAGAGCCAGGGAGAAAUGAGCUCACAGAAAUGGAAGGCUACUAGGUUAUUAUAGAAUGUGACUUCACACAAAGCUCACUGGAUGGAAAUGGGAAUUAAGAGAAAACUGCCCUAUAGGUUUAUAUUUUGUAAUCUUUGAAUAAAUUAUUACCAGCAACAAUUAAAUUAAACAUGAAGUUAAUUAGUGUAAAAUAAGAGGCUGAUUAUGUGAUAACUUUCAGUGUUACAAUAUAAUUCAGGUUUUCUUCUAGUUCUCUCCCUGCCCCCUCCUACUAUAUUGGAAAUGGUGGCUAAUCCUGAAAAGUAAAACCUCACCCCAAAGGAAUUUGAGUGGGGGAACAUGUGAGAGAAAUAGCACGUAUGAAAAUAGAGACCCAGUGUAGACGAUAAUUAUUUCUAUUUCAAAUGGAAUUUAUUUUGAUAACAUUUAAAAUAAAUUUUCUGUUAAGAGGAAAAUUGCUUGAGACAAGAUGUGUAACCUUUUACUGAGGUAGAGGGUAACAGCCACAGAGUUCCCCAGUCCGCUUGUUUGCUAAACAAAGACACAUCGGUCAGGAGAGGUCAGAAUUUAAAAUGGUGAUGGAUGCAUGAUGAUUAAUUUUUGCAACCAGUUAUUUUUAUAGGUGCUGAGGCCCCUUUUCCUUUGGAGGAGGCCAGCUGUUAGAGCCCAGCUAUUUAACCCUCAGGCCUGGCCAUGGAAACCUCCCCAUAACUGGCCUUAUGUUUCUUUCAUGUUUGAUACCUUUGGGGUUCGCAUGUCCACACUACAUGUGGUUUACGGCAGCAGAUACUUUGAAAAAACUGCUGGCUUAAGCAGUGCUAUUCCAAACUGACGUUGGCCCAAACUCUGCCUCACUUCAUCUAGAGUGGGACAUGUCUGUAUCGAAGGAUCAGUUCACACCUGAUUUGCCUAGAGACCUCAUGGGAGGUGUGGUAAGGUGGGGUAAGCUGGAAUCUACAACAAUAAAGUAAAAGGUAAGGGUGGAAGUCCUUCAGCUUUCAGAUCAACAAGCCUGUUUUGUUCAUUCCCUCUGGAGCAUCUGGCACUGGUCACUCUCAGCAGCAUACUGGGCUAGAUGGCCCAUUGGUUUGACCUACUACCCUGUUUCCCCGAAAAUAAGACAUCCUCCGAAAAUAAGGCCUACUUACAGUUUUGCCUCUCGUUGUAAUAUAAGGCAUCCCCCCGAUAAUAAGACCUCCCCGAUAAUAAGGCAUCCACCGAUAAUAAGGCAUUUUUCAUUUCUGAAAAAUAAGACAUCCCCUGAAAAUAAGACCUAGCGCAUCUUUGGGAGCAAAAAUUAAUAUAAGACACUGUCUUAUUUUCGGGGAAACAGGGUAUGACCAGUCUUGCGUUCUUAUGUAAGUCGUCUAAGAGAGACUGACUGCCAGGAUCCCAGGACUGAUCCCCUCUGGGGAAUGAAGCACAACAGCGACAGGCUAUGCAGCCUUCACCAGUCUCCCUGUACCUGAAAACCCUGCAACCGGAAGUGCUGGGCCACCUAUGCCAUUACCUGAUUCCUCAACUGCAGCUACAGUUCCUACUCCAUGUGAGUCCAAAGCUGAAGAGCUGCAGAGAUCCAAUCCCUUGUAAUCUUCGACAUUUAUUUUCCUUUUUCUAUUUUUGUCUAUUGUUUUCUUAUGGACAUGGAGCCUUCCAGCCUUUCUAUUCGAUUGGGGUGUGACAGUGUGGUUCAGUGGGGGUGAGUGUGUGAACACCUCUGAAAUCUACACAGGGAAGAUGCUAAGAAUAGUUCCUUAAAUCUUAAUAGCCUUAAAACUCUGCCCUAUGAAAUGACCGCAGGCAGCUCCUUUCCCUAUGGAAACGUUCAAAAGAAUUGAGCUGUCAGAUGUUCAUUGUUCAGCGAGAGCUGUUUGAACUUCUUUUACUGCUGUCUCUGUAAGGUCUAUCUGUGUUUUGGGGCGAGAGGGCGAGGAGAAAUAUUAGCAACGCAAUAGUGAAAUCUAAGGAGAAAACUAAUUUGCUUUGAGGUCGUGGGCUAAAUGGAAGCAAUAAUUUGGUAUCGGUACUGAAAUAUUCAGCUGGCUAAAUCUGGGAUGUACUGCCUGGGUGAAAAUCUCUGACUGGCCUUUCAGCAUCACUAAAUAUGAACCUGCCUCCUUGGGUUGCUGUUUUAGGAUUUAUAAGGGUUUGAUUUUCUCCUGUAUUCAUCUGAUGGUUUGACUAAAUUGAUGACUUGAUUCCAACGCAAUAUCCUUGUUAACUCAUCGAUUUACUGAUUUGACCUGAACUUUAUCAUUGUAUUGUUUAAUCCUUCGUUAGCUGAGUAGUAUUUAUAGUCAUGUAGCCUUAGUGAUGUGUGUUCUUGGUUUUAUUUGUUCAUGUUAAUAAAAGAUGUAAGUGGGA